AAGCACUAGUGGAUAUCGUUUUGCAUUUGACCGUUACUUGUGACUUGUGACUUGUGAUGGUUACGAAACAUGUACAUGACAAUACAAAUAUUUGUUCUUAUUGUAGAAAUUCUCAAAUAUAUAAUGUUUUGGAUUGGACACUAUAUACGGGACACUAAAGCGACCAGAUAUUAAGUAAAAGUUAAUAUCAUAAACAAUCGAACAUAUAAGAUCACAAUAGAUCCGAGUUUCGAGUUAUACUUCUUAUUGCAUUUUAGAUAACCAGAUAAAUGUACAUGUUCCGAACUUUCUAAUAUAGUAUUUGGCAACAAAAAGAUUAAGCAGACGGUUGAUCUUGAUGGGGAAAACUGGUGGAAGUUCGUGGUUCACGGCGGUUAAGAAUGUUUUCCGGUCACCGGAGAAGAAAUGCCCCAGAAGAAGAGACCGUCGACAAGGCAACGAUCUCGUCGAAGACGAUGAAGACGAGCAACAGCAACAAACAAAGAGAGGUAAAAGAAGAUGGCUAUUCAAGAAAGCUUCUUCUGAUUCUUGUGCAACAGACGUCGCAAUAAACAUUAAAGAUGCUAGCAAGUUUAACUAUGCGGCUGUUGACGCGUUUGCGGCGGAGGAUACGGAGAAAACUGCAUCUCCGGCGGCCAGGGAAGCCGUGUUUUUCGGUCGGACAUCUGUUUACCUUAAAAGACACUUGGCUGCUAUUCUCAUUCAGACAGCUUUCCGAGGAUGCCUGGUUGCUAAUUCUACCCUCUAUACUUUUAGCAUCCGCAUUUUCUCUGGCACGAAAGGCGUUCAAGGCCCUAAAAGGAGUUGUGAUACUACAAGCCCUAGUGAGAGGCCACAACGUGCGUAGACGAGCUAGUAUUACUUUUCUUCGGGUUCAGGCGUUGGUUCGGAUCCAGGCUCGGGUUUUAGGUCACCGGAAAAAACUCACGGCCAGUCCCGGCCACGAAACUACCUUGUCUCGUGCUUUCUCUAAACAGAUGUGGAGAACCACAGCGAGAGAAGCACAUAGUGAAAACGAAUUAGAGGACAAAAGACCCAGUAGGUUAAACCGGUUUGGUUAUCUAGAAACCAGAAGGAGAAUGUCAACCGAUCAGGCUAUCGUUGAACCGGUCAAGAUAGUUGAGAUUGAUACCUAUAAUACGUACUCACACCACCAACAACUCAACGACCGAACGCCACGCGGUAAUUCGUGCGUCACAGGGCAAGUCCAUUCAGUACCUAACUACAUGUCUGCCACUGCCUCAGCCGUGGCUAGGUUUCGACCCCAAAGCGUACCGAGGCAGAGAUCCAACCCGGCCGAUUUAGAUGGCAACGAACCAAGAUUAAAAUUGGUUAAAAAGCGGUUAUCGUUUCACAAUGAUAAUAAUCCACAAUCGCAUGAUUUUCACUUUCCAGUACUAAAUUAACCGGAUCGGUUAUGGGGAGCCAAUCGAACCGAUUGACGCUUAAAGAUAUUAUAUAAUGUAUUGACCCAUGAUUAUAUUAGUGUUUUUGUUUUUCUUAUCUGCACCAAAUUUAUCAAUUUAGACUUCUUCCAUGC